GCCAGCUGUCUGUCAGGGUAUUUCAGUGGCUCAAGGAAAAUAAAUAAGAAAAAGUACUAAUUAGAGCGUGACUUUAAUCAUAUUCCGGUUUUCAGAUGUACAGUGAUGGCAGCUAUCGAUUACAGUGCAGUACAUGUACACACGACGAACUAAAUGAUGUCCAUCAGGUCAAACCAACGCAUACGAGGCGACGGUGGUGAGCAGAAGGUCUUUGUUGACUGUGGUUCUAUUGGUCUGUCGGCCAUCCAAUCACCACGAGGGUUUACCAGGCUCGGUGAGGGGCAGGAGCCGGCUGCUGCGCCCCCUCCUACUCUGCUUUUUGAGCUUCAUACCAAGUUUCCCCACAGUAAGGCAAAGAUAAACGCGCAAGGAUAACGUCGGGAUAAACAUGGCAGAGUUCAUUAUUUCCGCGCAUCAUGGACGCACUAUUUCCCUUGCGCGCCGACCCAUUAGAGGGAGUCCACUUCCUCCCGUUUGAUUACAUAAAGGGCAUUUUUUGGGCUUUGUGGAGGGCGAGAGGGAAAGAGCCAUGGUGGACCCGAGAGGCCGAGAGGGUGGAUGUACUUCAUGAAGAGGUCUCCGGCGAUCACGAAGUGUCCUGGACUCGGAGAGUGGACCCAGAAGUUCAUAUCAACAGGGCCAACAGUAACAACAUGCUCCUGGCCUCCGUCGUUGUGGUGUGGGAAUGGCUGAACGAACACGGUCGGUGGCGGCCCUACAGCCCCGCUGUCUCCCACCAGAUAGAGGCGGCCAUACGGAGCAGCGACCCUCGCGGAGGGAGCGUGGUCCUCGGCCAGGUGGACAGCCGUCUCUCGCCGUACAUCAUUGAUCUUCAGUCCAUGCACCAGUUCCGACAGGACACGGGAACCAUCCGUCCGGUGCGGAGGAGUUUUUACGACCCAGCCUCGGCCCCGGGUCAGGGCUGGCAGUGGGAGUGGGAGAACGAUGCGGGUACGUGGACGGCCUACGACAUGGAGGUGGCCAUCGCCAUCGAGAACGCCCACAACCGGCAGCAGCCCUGCCUCGACCUGACGCCCCUCGGCUUCUGCUACCUCAUUGAUUAUCAGACCAUGACACAGGUGAACAGACAGAGCCAGACAUUUCGGAGGCUCCAGAGACGUGCUGACAUGUCCUACCCUCUAGUGUCCGGUCCCCUUCCAAUACCCAAAGGAGGCGGUGUCGGAGGAGGUGGAGGCCUAACAGGAGCCCUGCUUGGUGUUGGGGUGUCAGGGGUUAGUAUGGGGAUUGGAAGCUCUGUCUCCCCCAAUGGGGGAUUGCCAACUACUGUACUUGGCCAGCCUUGUUCCUGCCAGCAGUGCAUGCUGGUCUUUAGUGUGAAGACCAAUACAGCAGGAGCAGGGGUAGGAGGAGCAGGGAUACCGACUCUAGGUCGACGCUCACUAACCAUACAGCGGCCCAAGAACUCAGUACUGGUCUCCUCUAAACUACUGAGUCCGUCUAAGUCCGCCACUCUGGGGCGAGGACAGCAGCAGAACUCCAACACCAGCUACUAUCAGACGCUGCCGCACGGUCUCGCCAUCUCCAGGAACAUUGCCUCCCCGAGAAGGAACGCCCAGCUCUUUGCACAGUCACUGGCUGCGCUCACCGCAGGCACCUCCUCUCUGGGUAUCUCCUUGUCUUCCAAUCGGCCGCCUCUGCCGUCCCUCCCACCUCCUCAGCCGCCAUCAUCCAAACCGAUCCCGAACCCUCCGUCCAUUCCCGCCAAGCAUUCCUCGUCUUCAGCCAGCGAAUCGGUGCCAACCGCCACAUUGGUUUCCCCUGCAAACAGCGUGACCACGCCCCCCUCUCCCGUGCCAUCUCCGUCGCCAAUGGUGAUGAAGCCUCAGCGCACACCGUCGUCAGUGUGCCAUGCCCCGUUGCCACAGAGAUCAAGCUUAGCCGGGCUGAGCAGACCAGCGUUACAGAGAAUAGCGAUGGCUCAGUCCAGAGCGCUCAUAGCAUCAGGUGUGCCCACGGUCCCAGUGAAGAACCUCAACGGAUCCAGUCCUGUCCACCCCGCACUGGCCGGGAUCACAGGUAUCCUGAUGAGCGCCGCAGCUCUGCCAGUGUGUCUGACCAGACCGCCAAAACUUGUGCUGCACCCUCCGCCUGUCAGCAAGAGCGACGUCAAGCCCGUGCCAGGCUUUGGCCACUGUUGCAAGAAGACCACAAAGAAACAGGCUUGCAAGGGUAAAACUCCAGAGGAGGUGGUAAAGAAGUACCUGCAGAAAGUAAAAAGUCCACCAGAGGAGGACUGUACCAUCUGUAUGGAGCCACUGGGGGGUCCAUCUGGAUACAAGGGUCCGGGGGUGGGGCCUAUGUCUCGGGCAGAGUCAGUUGGGCGACUAGCACAGUGUGGACACCAGUACCAUUUCCAAUGUCUGGUGGCCAUGUAUAACAAUGGCAACAAGGACGGCAGUCUUCAGUGUCCCACCUGUAAAACCAUCUACGGUGUGAAGACAGGCAACCAACCGGCAGGGAAGAUGGAGUACCACGUCAUCCCCCACUCUCUACCGGGGCACCCCGACUGCAAAACCAUACGCAUCAUCUACAACAUACCGCCAGGCCUUCAGGGCCCAGAGCAUCCAAACCCAGGGAAGCCCUUCACAGCCCGAGGCUUCCCCCGACACUGCUACCUCCCGGACAGCGAGAAAGGGCGCAAGGUACUGAGACUGCUCCUGAUAGCGUGGGACCGCAGGUUGAUCUUCUCAGUCGGGACUUCGAGCACGACUGGAGAGUCUGACACCGUCAUCUGGAACGAGGUCCACCACAAGACAGAGUUUGGCUCCAACCUGACGGGCCACGGCUUCCCCGACCCCGGACACCUGGACAACGUCCUGGAAGAGCUCCGAGCUCAGGGCAUCACAGAGGAGGACGGACUGAUGGAGAAGUGACAGGACAAGCAACCAGGAGGAGGAGGAGAGACCAUAAAAAUAACAGGAGGAGGAGGAGAGGAGGUCCUGGACUGGAACAGACUCUCUCUGCCAGCACUUAAGGGGGACGCUUCGGCAUACAGAACACAUUGAUUUUGUUGUGGAUGUGGACUGAGUCACUGCUGGGUUCGCCUGUCAGUGCAGGUCCGUCCAAACCUUUUUCAAGCAAGCACAUGAGCAGAAGUGUGAGGAAGCAGCAAAAACAAUAUAUAUAUAUAUAUAUAUAUAUAUAUAUAUAUAUAUAUAUAUAUAUAUAUAUAUAUAUAUAUAUAUAUAUAUAUGGCACUCAUGGUUUUAGCUACUAGACAGCGAGGUACUAAAUGUGAGGGUGAAUCGGUACUAAUAUUCAGGACAAAAACAAGUUAACUUUACUGAGGGGGGGAGGAACCAGGAGAAGGAUAUCAGACGUCGGAGCAGUUCAAUGAAAACUGGGUGUGAAAGGACAAAGAGAGACAGGCGGAGGAGCGGUGGGGGAGGGGACAGGAGGAGGGAAUGGAGCAGGAAGACAUAAAGAUGGUGUACGUAGUAUAGGAGUCAAACUAACUUGUGUGGUACUUUACAGGUGUGUGUAGUAACAACACAAUGGAACCAUGAGUGGUGGAGGGAAAGAUGAGGGACAUGUGCUUGGUUAGUUCAAACCCCCUGCUGGUUUCUGGUGGACGCUUGGUGCUGUGUCUCCCCUGUGGUGGUACUGAUGAACUACACCCUUUGAGUUAUCCACCUGUGUUACUUUUUUUUAUCAUUGUUACUAUAGUCUUCAUUUAACAUCAUUCCAUACUUUACCUUCUGCUCUUGACUGGAUGAGUUUUUAUAUGACUUGGACUCUGUAUGUUUAUGAUGGUGUAUGAAAUGACAAAAGACCAAACUGAAGGCCAGGUCAUUUGGGCCUACUAUUGAGCCACUGUGGUACAAGUUAAUCGUAGAUACACAGGUACCGCUAUUUACUUCUAUAUCUUUAUUUUUGUUCCUUUUCGGCGGUUCGCGUGGUCCAGUUGCUGUAAAUGCCGUGGCAGCCUGGUGAGGAUGGGAAUUGAGACCUGAGGACGAUGAGUGUCGCCGAAUGAACCGGAGGGCCAGUCUCAGUGCCAGAAAGCCCCCUCAGAUUGGGCAUAGGGUUGGAGGGCUGGGGAGGAUGGAGAUGCCAAGAGUUGGUACUGAAGCAGAGCUUGUCUUUAGAGACACGGUUUAUAUUUACAUAAAUGUAAACCUGUCAAAGACACUUGGAUGUUAGUAAUGAGUACUACGGCAUACAGCUCCCAGUAGAGAAACACUAUUAAACAGGCCUCUAUUAAAGGUCACAUAUUGAAGUCUUGUUUUAAGUACAUAUUGUACAUAUUGAAGUCCCCUCCUUUGGAGGUCUUUUUCCUCAUUUUGACUUGAAAUGUCCCCAAAACACAUCACUAGUGGACCUGCUCCUGAUUAACUUUCAAUAGUGGUUCUUGGCAUCAUUUUGCAACUGAACAAGAGACAUUUGCGUGAAGAGCAUAGUUGUAAAGCAUACACCAUAUGUGAGCCACUGACCUCAGGAGGAGAUCAGUAGCAGCAACUCGACCCCUCUUUUCUGGAGCCCUCCUGAUAACGCACUGCCCAGUUUUUAAUUUGGUUCAGUAGAUGACCCCUUAUCACUUAUCACAGUGUUACAAGGGUGUGUGUGUGUGUGUGUGUGUGUGUGUGUGUGUGUGUGUGUGUGUGUGUGUUUGUGUGUGCGUGUGUGACACAGGGACUGUACUGUGUAUACUACCAACAUGCUCCCAGUUUAAGGGUAUUAUUUCAGUACUCCAUGGGUGAAUCACAUCAUCCUUUAGCUCUGAUGAUGAUUGAUGAUAAUACUCCCACCUUCUUUAUUAUUAUGAUAUGUUUUGUUAGUAAACUGCCUUUUUUAUUUUAUAUGUUGAUGUAUUAAUUAUUCCCUUGUUCAGAUUGGUUUACAAAGACAGAAUUGUUAAAUAUUAUGUCUUUUUCUUCCUCAUUGUGUACAGACAGUUGAUUUGUGUCAUCAUUUCUCUGGAAAAGGAGUUUGACAGUAGACUAAUAUUUGAGUGUAACGAAUUGUAAAAUCAAGUCCAACCCCGUAUACUGUACGCUUGCUCUUCUGAGGUUAAGAAUAUGUGUAUGUUCCACAUAUCAUGUGUCCUGCUGCUGUUCACCAUCUGUGACCCUGAAAGGUUCCGCAGCAGACGCUUCGACGGACAUGUCGACCUUUGUCUUACCGACAUGCCCGUCCCUCUUUCAGCAGCUGAACGGCUCAGGUGCAAGUGGAAUGAUGCAAAUGAUUAUUGUAAACAUUGUUCAGUAAUAAAAUCACAAAUCAUUGCAGUUUUCUUGCUCUGUUGGUCCAAACACUGCACACCGGCUUGGGGGGAAACACUGAUGUUGUCAAUGUAGCAAACAGCUAGAGAGGAGUACCUCACUAUUUCAGUUCCCCAUCACCAGUUCUCGUCCCUUCUGAGGACAAUAGCGCCCCCUAACGGUUUCUUUGGUCGAGCGCUUUCUGCGACAUUGUCUCCAACCUGAGGUGAUCAUCGCUGUUGACAUGGAGAGAGCAUCAGCAGCAACAGCAACGUGUACAUAGUGCGAAGUAAUUGCU